AUGUCCCAGGCGUUGGUAUCGCGGCCCGCGUCGCAGGGUGGGUUCCCCCGUCAGCCCCGCUUACCAAACCUCCCUGAGAUCCAACACCCUCUAUCCCGGCUGGGAGACCCAGACAAACUCAAUGUGAGAGGGUUGUCGAGUCGAUCUGGUGGUCGACCAAGCUCCAAUCCACUCGGUGGACGAGGACCGAGACCCGCCGGAGAGGUACCCUUCAGCAGUCUUGCACCAAGAGUAUCUCGGACAGCGUCUGGUGGUCGACCCCCUAGCCAGCUCCAGAGGGGUGAGUUUGGCCCCUCUCACACCAGCCGAUCGCUCCCUAAGAUUCCACAUCUAUACUCUAGCAUUCCAGAAGGAAUCGAAGUGUACCACUCAGAUGACCCGACCAAGACAAGACUACCAGUAUUUGGAGCAAGAAGCAGCCUAGAAAGUCGAGCUGAAGGGCGAGACCAGCUUGCUUCACGAGGACCAAGCAGACCAGGAACACAAUCCAGAAUAGAGAUAGAUGAAAUUGAAAUGAUUCUCCGUGAAAAGAUAAAGAGAGGUUAUUACGAGUUGAAGAAGCUCUUUAUUUCCAAUGACCCCGAUGGCCGAGGCAUUGUCAGCCGGGAAGCUCUGGCGAGAAUCCUCAUCACAUUCCUCGGUCGAUUCAUUAGUCUUAAACAAUUCAACCAGCUCUUGCAAAGGAUGAAGCUGGAUGACAGACAGGCGAUUAAAUUGGAAGAAUUCUACGCCUUCUUCCGUCACGUGACGAGUAAGGAGAUGCCUGGUUGGAUGGAUCCUGUGAAUAGACAUCAAUCAGAUAAACUAGUCAUGAGUGCUGCUCAGGUUCAUGCUCAACUCAAAGAGAGAGCUAAACAAAGGUUCCUUGACGUCGCGGAUAUGAUUCCCCAGCUAAACCCUGGCGGCACCGGUCGCAUCCUCAAACCUGAAUUCAGAAACGCCCUCAAUAAGAUGCUCUUCCAUAUGGAUGAGGAUGAAUUUGAAAAACUCUGGCUCAAAUAUGACUCUGAGAAUGUUGGAGUAGUAAACGGCGGGAAGCUCCUAAGCAAACUGGGUAUCAAUCUCCGUGCUACCACGGCUCCAACCAGUGAUAUCUACGUCAGGAGUCCCCGGGGAGGCGACGGCGAACCAACCUCACCGAGGAGAAAGAAGAAAGCUGAUACGGACCGACUAAGAUCGAUCCAUGUUGAGAAGUGGAUCAAAGACAAGUUCAGGACAGGCUGCACUAGAAUGAGAAGAGAAUUUGAGGAGUUUGACAAGGAACACAAAGGAGAGGUGGAUAAGGAGAAAUUCGGUCAGGUUCUGUCCAAGUUUGGUCUGAAGCUUGAAGGUCCGUACCUGGACGAGUUUUUGACGCGAUGCGGUCUUACAGCAGACCGUGCUGGUAUGGUGUCUUACAGGGACUUCCUCAGGAGGUUCCAGGACCGGAGCGAAGGAGGUGUCACUCAUGAUAUACUCAAUGACCCGACUCACAAAUUUCACCAAGGAACCGACUGGAUGGAGAACCCUGCGAACAAUAACUCGAUGACGGCAGCAGAGGUUAAGAUGAUGGAUCUCUUCCAAGGGGACUUCAUCGGAUUAUUAGGGUCCUUCCAGAAAAUUGACAAGUUGCGUUUGCGAGUGGUAAGCCAGCAAGAGUUUCGUGCUAUCAUCGAGAGUCGGUUCAAUCUCGGCCUCUCGGACCAGGAGUUUGAAGCUUUCCUCGACAGGGUUCCAUUCGAUGACGAAGGGAAUGUCAAGUACCACGACUUUAUGGGACAGUUCGACACCAAGUACGGACCUGCUCCUAGUUUGUUUGACAGCAAGACCGUGAGGGGAGGCCCAGAGGAGAUGGACCUGGAUCUAGAUGAAGCUCUGGCCGAGGAAGAAGAGCCAAAGAGCUACGAUGAGUUCAAAAAGGGACGGUCCGUAAGACAGAUCUCAAAGAUGCUCAAACAGAUGAUCAAGAACCGCAUGGCUGAAGUCGAGACAGUUUUCACCGAGAUAGAUGUUCACAAUUCAAGGAGAUUUAGUCAAGAGAUUAUGUAUGAAUUGUUUAAAAGACUAAAUGUUCGGCCAGAAAUCACGAGAGGAGAGAUCCGUCGUCUCUGGGACACAUUCAUCACUACACAGCACAGAACGCUCGACUUCAUGGAGUUUGUCCGCCAUUUUGGAUACUCGCCACAGAGCGCUGCCUUCCCCAACGCCAAGCUAGCACCGCCUAAACGAGGCGAUUCCGACUUCCUGAUCCGGUCAAGAAAACUCAACUGUGCUGCUGAUAUGCUCGAGGACAACCUGAGGUCAAAGGUUGAUUAUAUGUGGGAUGAUCUUCGCAAGGAGUUCUUGAAUCUUGACACCUAUGGGACUGGUUUCGUCAGUGCAGAAGAGUUCCGGGACGUUCUCCAAGAGCUCUGUGUUCAUCUCAACGCCUACGAAUUGGAUAUGCUGAGCAGAAAGUUUGACACGCAAAAAGAUGGCAGAGUAUCAUACGUGGAGUUCCUGCGACCUUUCGCUAUACGGAAGUCAACGCAUCGCCAUGGUAACAACAUGAUGGGUUUGAUGGCCCAUCCACAGGCUGAAAUGCCAAUCGACGCCAUUGUCGAUGAGCCUAAUAAGGGUCUGAGUGGAAUCACAGCUCGAUUAAGACAAAAGUUGGUUGGUGACUGGCGAAACUUGAGGCGGGCCUUCAAGAAGAUCGACACCGAACGUACCGGGUACCUCACCAUGCCCGAGUUCCGGAAUGUCCUGAGACUCUGCAACAUGGUCCUCGACGAGGAAGAAGUCUACCAAGUCAUGGCCGAGUUUGACGAGAAAAUGGACGGCAAAAUCAACUACUACAAAUUCAUUUCAGACACUUUCCACGCUGAUCCAACCAAACCAUAGGUUAACCCAUUGCAAACAUGGGCAAUGGUGAUUCCUGUGUAAUGCCUAGGAGAAUGAAAGAGUUCAGUAGUCGAUGGAUUAAUAGUGGGGACUCUGUACCUAGUGGACAUUGGAGGUUGGUCACCAGAUAUGCAGUGGCCAAAAUGCAGUCUCUGAAGACAGGUCCGGUCAGUGCUGAUUUAGGGCUGCUGCGAUUUGACUCCCAUCUGGAAGUUGACACCACCCACGUUUCUCAAAGAGGUUCAGGUGGCCAGAAACUCUCUCUUGAAUUCACCUUGAUGUGGGGCAUUAAGUUUAACAAACUUAUUUGCCUCUCUGCGUCUUUUUACUUGAGGUUCUUGUAGCACAACUUAAGCUGCAUUGUUGAUUGCUAGAUCAUUCCUUUGUUGACUAUAACAUCUACAAAAUAGAUCUUGAACAUUCAGAUUUUCAAAUCAAAUCAAAGGUGCCUUUUACACUACACUUGUGUAUAUAAAAGAGUAUUUGAAUACUAAUUUGAUUCCAUGAAGUAUUACAGUAUUGUCAAUUUGCAACUAUAAAUCUUUCCUAUUAUGAUUUACUCUACAGUACCAUCCGAGCCAGUAAUUACAUUACAUGUACAUAAAUCAUAUACAAAAUGUGAACAUGUUUAUAUAGAGUUACGUUUGUGUUUUGAAUUGCCUGUUUCGUAUCAACAACUGCAACCAUAUGUUACAUGCCUGAUUAAAACUUUCGACCGUGUUUCAUUUCUAGAAAAGUCCUUGGAAAGGUCUUAUUCGUUUGUGAAGAUUGUUGUAGCUUACAUCGACUUAUUAGGAUCGAGACAAUCACAGUAUAUAGUGACAAAUUAUGGUAAAGAAGAAUAUAAAACAAUGCAUAAAUGUUGCAUUAUAAUACUUGGGUAAAAGAGUACAGAUGUUUCAUAUUUGUGUAAUCAUGUCUACUGCUAGUUGUUGCUGUUGCUUUAUCAUCAUUUUAAACAUGUACAAACAAAUGAUUUGUAUAUUUUGUGUUAAAACAUGACAUUGUUUUGCAUUCAACAGUAUAUUCUCUGUGCACCAUGCUUUUAAAACUUUGUGGAUUAAUGAAAAUAAGAGACAAACCUAUGUACAUUUUUUUUUCUGGCAUUUAUUUAACAAAAUUUUACAAUUGAACAAUACAAAAUGUAAAAUUGUCAGUAUAUACAAUACAGUGAAGUAUGACAAAUCAAACCAUUUGAACCUUGUAUCAACUAAAAGGGAAGAGAAUUUAUGAGGAUAAGAAACUUUGGCUGAUAAAAAAGUGAUAUUAAAACGAAAAGUUAUUUCUUUCAUUGUUUUUAAAUGAACUUUUAUGUGGUUGUAACUAGAUUUCAUGAAGUUUCAAAUAUUUUGAAUAUUUAAACAGUUUUGCACAAUGUACUCUUUAUUUUUCAUUUUUUUUUCUUCUUCUUUCUUCUAGACUGAAAUGUCUAAAUCUAACUGUAAAUAUAUAUACAGAAGUGUUGUACAGUAAAAACUUGAACUCAUGUACAUAGUAUGAAAUUCACUUCUUUGCCUUUCUUGACUCAACUCACUAUUUUCAAGUAAACUGCCCCAAAACACUUGUCUUUUAAAUACACCUUUGGGUUUUGCAGUGUAGUAAUGUCAUUAUUGGCAUUAUUUAUUUUAGUUAGGAAGAUUUAAUAAGAUUUAAGUGGUGGAGGGAAUCCUUUCAGUAGAUAGAAAUGUAACUUUCUUUGAGUUUUUAAUGAUGUAACAUUAUUCAAAAUAUACUAAGAUUGUGAUUAAUCUUGUAUCCUAAAACUUAGUACACAGAGGCUGCUAAACUGUGACCGAGUUAUAUAUCCAAUUUUAAUGUGCUUAUGAUGUUAAUCUUUGCUACAUAUUGAACUUGUAUAUCUUAUAAAUGUGAUAUUUUGUGAAUAAAAUUUGCAUGGCAAAAUGAAAAAUAACAAA